AUGGGAGACAAUACCGUUGCUCAAGCAUCAACAUCACUUUCUUUCUUUAGCGAUAGUUUCAUCAUAAAACGAGGCAAAAAGCCGCUUCGUUCACUGGAAUUUAUUUUGGAUUUAGAAGAUGAAAACAGCCGUUUGCAGCUUGAGAGAGACAUUAAGCUUCUUGGUGGAAAAGUUUUGGAAUCGCUUGAUGAUGAUGGUGAAAAACCUUUUUGUAUUGUUACCGACCAUCCACAUGCACAGUACUUGGAGAGGGUAACGAAAACAAAAAGAAUUACACCUGAGUGCUGCAGCGCUCUGCCAGUACUGCUCCGAGCUGCUGUACAAAAUGAUGUCCGUGUUCGAACAUACACUUCUUUCCUUCAAAUCUUAUCAAAUGUGAAAAACCGGAUUAAACUAAACCAGAAGGCUAAAUUGGCGCCUGUAAAACUGAAACUUGAAAGUCAGAAAAGUAUACGCAAAUUAACACCACCAUUCAUCAAAUUUGAAGAUAAUAGUCUCCAGUAUGCACCUUCUUGGAAGGAAUAUGGAAUACCCUCAAAUUUUCGACCGAUUUAUAUCGGUAAAGCAGCUGGAAGGUCGAUAUUUCAUAAAGCUUCUCCGGAAUACCUAAAGCGGAAGAAGGAAACAAAGAUUUCGAAACCUCGAGCAAAAAGUCGAGUUGGACCUGGAUUUUGUGAUAUUUGUACACGUGACUGUCAGGAUUUGCAACUGCAUUUCUUAUGCAAAGAGCAUCAAACACGUAUCAGUGCGCCUGGUUUUUACGACGAGGUAGACGCAUUAUGCGGUUCAUUUGUAAAAGAAAUCAUUGUGCCGAAUAAAAGACUUCGGAAAAGGUUGACACCGGAACCGCUUUCACUGCCAUCCAAUCACUUUCUUGAUUCUUCAUUUUCUUUUGUUCGAGCAUCUGAUAGUAGUGUUGAGAUUUAA